GAAUCCGGGAGCAAUGGGCAUUCAAGCUCUCGGUCCACGUGUUUCCAGGUUUUAUACCACACGUGUUGUUCGGCGUGAUGUCCGACGUUUCGCUCCAAUGCGCUGGGAGCUUUUUUUCAGUUCCCGACCGUUUUUUAACGGAAGCUCUCAGCACAUGGGGCGAAACGUCGGACAUGGGUUGAAGAAACUCCCAGCACAUUGAGCGAAACGUCGGAACAUCGUGCCCUACCGUACAGCACAACCGCGAAGACCCUUACUCAGCAAAAUAGUUCGUCAAGUCAAAAUCCCACAUCGAUCGGCAGCAGUGCGCAGUGCGUAUGCGAUGUUGGGUGCAUGGGUUGCUUAGGAAUUAACCUCAACCCCACACUCAGGCUGAACCUGGACGCCUGUCGUCCCUAAAUAUAACCUUGACGGGGGUACUGGGGUAAGAGGCUGCGUUGGAAACGGAUACAGGGAGCCCGGCGAUAGCGAGAAACACAACAGACACACAGACACCCGGGUACUCACAUUGACUAGCACGGAGAGGCAGAGAUCCGCACACACACACACAACUCUACAGAUGCGCAGCCAUACGCACAGCCCUGCAGAGAAACAGCACCGCAGCAUGUAAAUCUCACCACCAGUCACACCCAACCACACGCACACCCAGGUGCUGACAGCCACUCUCACGGGGCACCGAGAGACAGACGCAUACAUACACAGCCACACACUCACACACAGAGAUACACCCAUACGCUAACCCACUCACCCACCUACUUAAAUUAGCACACACAUAUCCAUAAAUACAAUUCAUCCACACACACACAGCCAUAUACCCACCCAAUCAUACUGAGCCACACUCCCACCUACGCAACCACGCACACCUCCAUUCACUCACCAACACAUAACCACACAUCCACUUACACAGCCACUCGCACACAUUCACACCUACACCCACCCACACACAGAUGCACACACACCUAUACAGCCACACACACACAGACGUCCGUACAUACACCCACGCGCGCACGCACUGAGCCACACACACACAUCCUCGCAGCCUCACUGAGAUAGACGCAGCCAAAAUGCCGCGUGUGGAUGCAGACCUGAAACUCGACUUCAAGGAUGUUCUCUUCAGACCCAAGCGCAGCAGCCUCAAGAGCCGAUCAGAGGUGGACUUGACGCGCACGUUCACGUUCCGGAACUCGCAGCGCACCUACCAUGGCAUCCCAAUCAUCGCCGCCAACAUGGACACCGUGGGCACCUUCGAGAUGGCACGCGCCUUCAGCAAGCACACGAUGUUCACAGCGAUACACAAGCACUACAGCGUGGACGAGUGGCGAGACUUUGCCAACAAAAACCCAGAGUGCUUGGAGCACAUAGCGGCGAGCUCGGGGAGCGGCCCGAGCGACAUGGAGCGGCUGGCGGCCGUGCUGGACGCCGUGCCGGCCGUGCGCUACAUCUGCCUGGACGUGGCCAACGGCUACUCGGAGCACUUUGUGGAGUUUGUGCGCAGCGUGCGCGAGCGCUUCCCCAAGCACACCAUCAUGGCCGGGAACGUGGUGACGGGGGAGAUGGUGGAGGAGUUGAUUCUGACAGGGGCUGACAUCAUCAAAGUGGGGAUCGGACCAGGCUCGGUGUGCACGACUCGCCGCAAGACCGGGGUGGGCUACCCGCAGCUGAGCGCCGUCAUCGAGUGCGGGGACGCGGCACACGGCCUCAAGGGCCACAUCAUCUCGGACGGAGGUUGCACAUGUCCCGGAGACGUCGCCAAGGCGUUCGGCGCGGGCGCGGACUUCGUGAUGCUGGGCGGGAUGCUGUCGGGACACGACCAGUGCGGUGGGGAGACCCUGGAACGCAAUGGCAAGAAGGUGAAGCUCUUCUACGGCAUGAGCUCCGACAUGGCCAUGAAGAAGUACGCAGGAGGAGUGGCGGAGUAUCGCGCAUCGGAGGGCAAGGCCGUGGAGGUAGAGUACCGCGGCGACGCGGAGCACACCAUCCGCGACAUCCUCGGGGGCCUGCGCUCCACCUGCACCUACGUGGGAGCCGCCAAGCUCAAGGAGCUGAGCCGACGCACCACCUUCAUCCGCGUCACGCAGCAGCUCAACAGCAUGUUCAGCUGAGCCACCCGGGGCGUCGGCCGCAUGCCAAGAGUCGGGACGUCGGAUGAUUUAAGCCGUCGAAUAUUCCGCCGGUUGUCGGUUCCAUUGCUCGACCAAAUCGGAGAGAGAGCGCGAAAGACGGUUGAGAAGCAAAUGCCUCACCUCUGCUACCCGUUAUGCCGCUGGACGGGAGGUUAUGGCCUUCGGCAUCAUGAGCUCACGUGCCCAGGAAACUUGGAGCGUUGAGCCAACUUUGGUCCAACGCCAGUCCAACGGUUCCAACCACUCGUGAACGUUGACCCGACGUUGCGUGUUUUUACCGGUUCGUGGCGGGUGUGGCGCGUCGGGAGUUUCCGACCUUCAGGAGGCAGGGUGUUGUGGGGGCGCCUGCCAUUCGAAAAGGAGCCCCGAACAAUCGACCACAAACAUGAUUUAAGUCGGUUAUACGUUCACAUCGAUUAAUCGAAUGGACCGGAUCAUCAUCCCAGCUCUACCAAACCCCCACCCCUGAACCUCCUCUACCCACACAGACUCGUCAAGGUGGCCCGUAGCUGUGAACUCGCUUGUCGUUGCGCCUCUUCUAACACGGAAGAAAAUAAAAUGGUUCAGUGUUAUAACCUUUACGGCUGGCCAUGUAACCGACACACCCACCCGCCCGGCGACUCGGUGCACUGUCACGAUGGAUGGUCGUGAUUUGAAUCCACAAUCGAUUUUUUUUGUCUCGUUUUUACCGUCUCGUUUGUAUUUUCUCGUUUUCUUUUCCAUCCCAUUUCUACAGUUGUGUGCGAUUAACAUUCGCAUACAUUGUAAAUAAUCAGUUCUGAUACGCAUGGCUUGAUGAAUGUAUUGUGAUCUAAAUAAUAGAUUGCAAUCGAAGACUUGGCGGAUUGCUACACGCCGAGCUCCUACAAAAGCAUUUAGGUCAAAUGAGACGAUUUAAUUUAUUUUCUCCGUGCGAAAUAUUCCACUUCGAGCAGGUGGUUUAUUCCUCUGAAACACUCUGGGAAUAAUUGGUCUUCCCGUGUACUUGAUGUUUACUUUCUAUCUCUAAUACCUAACGAAGUGAGCAUCGCGAUCGAGUCAGAUCACUGAAGGGAUCCAGGUUGAGAGCAUGGCCUAGAUUAGUUCGAGACGUCUGUGCUACCCACACACACGCACAAUAGCCGGCUCCAAGGCGGGAUGAUCCGUGCGUCCGUGCGUGUGAUUCCGUCAAAAAGGCAUGCUCAGAAAAAUUAAGAUGUAAAAAAAUCCCAUGUCCUUUAAAGAUAAGUUUAUUUAAAAUGCAUAUUGUGCCGUAAAAACAAACUGGAAUAUAGUAUGACAUUUCAGAGGUACGGGGAAUUUUUAAUUGUCACUGGACAGGAACUCGCAAAAGGUUCCACCCGUCGUCUCACAGCCAAUCGCACUCGGUGCUCGCUGCAGACCGUGCCACCACCACCACAGGACCUUUUGAGGUAUGCCGAGCAAGAACGGUUGAAUAACGUUUCCACGAUGACAGAUUUGGGGGCGCAGCCACGACUGCGGAAGCUGGUGGUGCCCGACUUGCGAGUGGGUUCCCGGUGGUUGUUGGCCCAGUUACGGACGGGAUUCGUAAAGUUCACCCCCCACUUCGUCACAGAUUAGAGGAGUUGAACUGCGCUAUAAUUAUACUAAGUGUACGCAACUGCUGCUGGCUACUGACGCUGUACUGAGUACGUGCCACCACGUGUUUUAAAGUUCCGUCGUCAACAGUAACCAGCAAAAAAAAAAACCAACACGAUUUUUGUUCGACAUUUUUAUGGCCGCAUCUAAAAUGUUCUGUAUCUCAAUAUCUUAGCAUUAAUCUGCAAACGUUCGGGGUGACUGGCCACCUUCGACAGCCACGGUGGCUGCACCCCCAAUAGUAGGCGUCCGUGCGUGGAAAUGUUUUGACCGAUUACUCUUCCCGAGCUCUGCGAGACAGGCACCACAGCGCGACCGUUCCUGGUCGCCUGAACUGCUGCUCCGCAGGGAGCUACACGAGGGAGAGGGGGGGGAGGGGUUUGGAAAGUCACGGAACGAAACAUUUUAAACGUUUUUACUUAAAGUGCCACGUUAACCUGCAUCGCUUGCACGUGUGUGUGUGUCGUUUGUUUUGAAAUGGGGGAAAAAAAAAACGGGAUUUCUUCAAAGACACUGUUAAAAUUAAUGAGACAUUGAAAUGCCUUUGGCUCAGAGGCAUUGGUUACGGUAUGCGUUUAUAAUACAGGACUAUCAACAAUAAAAAAAAGUUUACAAAAAAAUAUAAAAAUUAUCAAUAUAACAAUCAUAAUAAUAAUUUACUGAAUUUCAGGUAGCGCCAAGAGGUACGCUUUACAUUUCAACUAUGUGCAGACUUUUAAUCGUUUUAUCGCUUAAGUAACACGUUACAGAAUCAGAAUCUUUAUUUAUCAUGGAAAAAUCCGAUGAGUUAUGAAGCUCUUUGUCACAGAUAUCCAGUGGGAGCAUGGCCAGAAAGUUGCGGCAAUAUACCAAAGAGCUGUAGGAGUGCAACGUGGAGGGAAGGCGAGAACACCACUAAAAUAAAUAAAUAAACGCACGGAAACUGAACUACAUCUUUUUUUUUCACCAGGUAAGGCCCACUGAGAUAUUAGUUAUUUUUCAGAAACGACCUGGCCACAAAUGAUAGCUCAACGAAGUGGCUUAUCACGUGGAUAUGUAUAGCGCGCACACACGCACACACGGGCUAUGUACCCUGUUGCCCGAGCUGCUCGACGCGUGCGCAACAACGCGACGGCUUUGUCCCUCGGGACGAUUCGCUGGUCCCCGCCCCCCCACCACGCGCGCUGCUGGUUUUGCCUUUGCUGACGAACAGGCCGUACCACGGCACGUUUUCUAUGCAAAAUAAAAGCGGUGAUAAUUGCACGACAA